GUUCCCACUGAAAAAUGCUGAAAGAAAUCAGCAAUGGGUAAAUGCAGUUGGCCGAAAAGGGUUCAUCCCGUCCAAAUAUAGUAAAGUGUGUAGUGAUCAUUUCCAUCAAAAUGAUUUUGAACAAAAUUGUGGUGGUAGUUAUUUGCUAAAACUGAAAGAAACGGCUGUCCCUUCAAUUUUUCCAAACUACUCUGAAAUUAUAUCAAAAGCCAAAAUGCAGUGUCUUGAGGUUGACCCAUUUCAAGUAGCUGGAUGCAGCUCUUAUAAUUCUUGUACUGAGACUAAUAAACCAGAAAUACAUAAUGAUGUUGAUUGUGUUGUGGUUAAUGAUAGUACUUCAGUCAAAAUUAUUUCACCACAUGAAUCAACCUCAACUAUUCAAGAAUGUAAUUUAYUAACACAGAAUUCAUCACCACCCACACCAUUGUUGAUCACACCAUCUAAAAUGUCAUGUGCCCGUUCAUUAUUUAACAUAAGUCUACCAAAGCGUCCUAGUUUUUCUCCAUCUAAAUCUGAAUUGAAGAAAAAAAUUAAAUCAUUGCAACAACGAAUUCGRCGAGAGUCAGAGGAGUUACUAAUGGAAAAAUUUGAUGGUACAACUUUGGACAUAUUCCAAAAUKUUAUUAAAAAUAAAGGUAAAAAAUCUACAGGACGUAGAUUUAGUAAGAAAAUUAAGGAAUUUGCUUUGACUCUUCACUAUUACUCGCCUAAAGCUUAUGAGUAUGCAAGCUUAGUAACUGGAAGUUUCCCUUUCUUCCAUGGUAUCRACGACACUGCCUGGACUGCUUAUGCCUUCGAUAUGCUUGCACAUUAA